AUGUUCGCCCCACAGCCCGGCGGCUCCACCUAUCAGUUCGCCAAGACCAUCCCCGAGCCGCCCCCGCCCCCGCAGUCCGUCAGCGCCCCGGUCCGCCAGCCGGGCGCCAACUGGACCCUCUGCGUGUACCCUGCGCGUGGAUGGGUGCCCGAGUGGCGCGCGCCGAUGGUGUCGGCGGUUGUGGUUUCGUCGGUGCUGACUGGGCUGCUGGUGUGCGCAGUGCUGGUCGGCAGGCGGGAGGAGGCGUGGCUGCUGGCAGAGAUGAGGGAUGCAAACGAGGCCCUGGCCGAGGAGAAGCAGCGGACGGAUGUACUGCUGGCGCGGCAGCUAAACCUGCUGUCAUGCGCCCUUGAGUGCAACGCAGACGCCACCGGCACCGCCGCCGCGGCCAGCGGCGGGGCAGGAGGGGGCGCGCGGCGCGGCGGCGGCGAAGGCGAGGGCGGAGGCGAGGGCGGAGGCGGGGCCUGGCCGGCGGAGCUGAUUCGGCUUGGGAGCGGGAGCGACAUCGCUGACAGCGGGCCGCUCAAGGCGCUGGCCCAAAUAGAGGACAUGCGGAGGGCCAUCGGCACCGCGGCGCCGCCAGACGCCGCCGUGAACGACCUGAGGCUGCUCGAGCUACUGGGGGAGGGCGCAUUCGGCAAGGUCUACAGAGGGCUGUGGCGCGGCAGCACUGUGGCGGUGAAGAGCAUGGUCCUGCCCGCCAACAUGAGCGGCGCCCAGAAGCGCGAGCGCAUGGCCAUCAUGGAGGCCGCCAUCAGCAGCGCCAUGAAGCACCCGAACAUAGUGCAGACGUUCACGUACUCCAUCAAGCCCGCCACCAGCAGCACGACAAUACCAUCCGCCGGGCUGGCUGGGCGGCCGGUGGGGCCGGGGGACCCUGGGGGUGCCCUGAGCCUGCUGAGCAGCAGCCAGCACAUACACAGCUUCGAGGUCUCCAUCGUUUUGGAGUACUGCGACUGGGGCUGCCUGCGGGACGCCUUGGAUGCCGGCGCCUUCUUCACAGCCGACAACGCCUUGAAUUACGCGGCUAUCCUGGACACCGCCGCCGACGUGGCCAGGGCCCUGCUGCACCUGCACCGGCACCAGGUGGUGCACUCUGACCUGAAGAGCCGCAACAUCCUGCUCAAGAGCGACGGCCGCGGCAGCGCGGGGCGCGGCGCCAUCGCAAAGGUGGCCGACUUUGGCCUGGCCGUGCAGGUGGAGGCGCAGAGCAGCCACGUGUCGUCGGCGCAGGGCACGCCCAGCCACAUGGCGCCCGAGGCACAACUGGGCAGGGUCAGCACCGCCGCCGACGUCUACUCUUUUGGGGUCACACUCUGGGAGAUGUGA